ACGGUUGCGCUCCUUCCCUGCGGCCGGACCGGGAGCUGUCUCUAAUUGUCCCAGGUUCUUUCAGGUCAGUGUGAGGGCCUUCGUUGCUGCCCGCACAGCACUGAACCGGGGAGGAGGAACACGGAAAGCACAAAGAUCUGCGUGUCUGUUGUUCCCUGCACAGCUAGGCUAGAAAAGGAGGACGACCCUGUCCAGAAUUACCCCAGGAAAAGGAGGGGAAAUCUGAACAUGGAAAAACUUUGCAAUGAAAAUGAAAUAAUGCCUGAGAACCAAGAAAAGGUGGAAAACAAAGAACAGCCACAGGAUGCAGGAAAGCCAGAAGUCGAUUGUACCCAGGAAGACAAGGAAAAGUUACAAAAUGAGGAAAAGACAGAUGACACGGGAAAUACAGAAGCUGAGGAAAUGCUAAAGGAGAAGGAAAAGCCAGAGAGUGCAGCAAACCCAAAAGAAGAAGGAAAGCCAGAGAAUGAGGGAGAGCCACACAGUGAGAAAAAGCCAGUGAUCCAGAGAAAGUCAGUGAUCCAGGGAAAGCCAGUGAGCAAGGAAAAGCCAAAAGAAGGGAAACAAAUCAAUGAGGGAAAGGCAAACAGAGGAAGGCUAGUGAGCGAGGGAAAGGCAGAGAGCCAAGUAAAGCUAAAAGAAGAGGAGCAGCCGGCCAGUGAACUGAGGGCUGCAGCAAAGCGCCCAGCUGGGAGUGAUGUACCCAGGACAGCCAAAAGAAAAACCAACAAGGGCCUAGCUCAGUGCCUCAAAGAAUAUAAGGAGGCCAUACAUGAUAUGCAUUUGAGCAAUGAGGAGAUGAUAAGAGAGUUUGAUGAGAUGGCUAGGGUGGAGGACGAGGUGAAGAAAACCAGACAGAAAUUGGGGGGGUUUAUGUGGAUGCAAAGAAGUUUACAGGACCCCUUCUACCCAAGGGGCCCCAGGGAACUCAGGGGUGGCUGCAGGGCCCCACAAAGGGGCUUUGAAGACAUUCCUUUUGUGUAGUGCCCCUCUCAGGCAUUUGCCAGGCACUGUGCUGUGACCUUAUACUAAUACUUCACUUUAGGUGUCACUAUUUUAUUACCCAGCUGCAGCCCUCUUAAAAGUUUCAGUAGCAUAUUUUCAUCCAUUUCAUGACAAAAUACUUAUGGUGCAUUGUAAAAUUAAAAAGAAAACGGUUUGCAGAAUCAUAUAGAUGGCAUCAGUCCAUUUUAUAAAACUACAAAGAUAGUUACCUUGUGAUCUGUGUACAGAAAAGACUCGGAAAGCUGUGUCCAUGAAAAGAUUAAUAGUGGUUAUGUGUGGGUGAUUUUUUCUGUUCUUUUUUCAUCAUAUGUUUUCUCCUAAAAAACACAGAUUCCAUUUUUCGUAAGAACAUUGAAAGAUAAAAAUAGGAAAACAUUAUAUAUCAAGCAACCAAAAGAACUGUUCAGUGAACUUAUAAAGGCUGUGGAGACAUUAAAAAUUCUUGGCAUCAGGAUAUAAAAUGAUGCAUAAAACUCAAUUUUACCUUGGGGACUCAAAGCUGGAGAAGUCAACCCGGCAGUUAUUACAGAUUCAUUGCUGUAAGGGACAGUCUUGUCAUCUGGGACGCAGGGAUAAAACUUGCCUUCCAGGGCAGUGGAGAAGGUAUGAGGUACUGAGUAUGUGAGGUGUGCUGGGCUGGCUCCCACCCUCUCCCCUGCACUUGCAGACGAGAACCCUGUCAGAUGUUUGGGGAGGGCUGAGGGAAGUCUCACAUGUGUCUAGGAAUAAGUCCAGAUAGCUGAAAGGUGGGUGCCACUCUCCCCUGGUAAUACCAUGCUGUGCCUCUUAAUGGGCCCUACACCUUCCUAAGAACCCCUCUGCUACUGCUGGGUGGAGGCCAUGAUGGACUAAAGCAACACGGUAUCAACAGAAGGGUGGAGAAUACCCACAGUAGAGUUUCCCUAACUCAAAUGGGUAGUACCCAAUUGUCACUUGGGCCUUUAUGUUUUAUAAAGUUCUUACAAAACACUU